CAGAAUUCCAUUUAUUACUUUCACCUCACACGACUUGAUCAACCUCACGCAACACGACGAUGAAGCUCGCAAUCGCCCUCGCCCUCCUGGCCUGCGUGGCUGUGGCAUCAGCUCAGACCUGCUCAUCCCAAGGCGUCACGGACCAGUCCUCUUGCGACGCCAAGUGCGGCGGCCGCACCAACUGUGCAUGCUCGUACCUCCUGAGCUCCUGCGGCUGCGCCGCGGCAGACGGCUUCUCCUUCAGCUGCACAGACUUGAGCGGCGGCAACGACGACUUCUUUGGUGGCGAUGACGACUUCGGCGGCUCCGACUUUGCCAACUGCGGCGACGAUGGUGUGACCGACGAGGCAUCCUGCGACGCCCAGUGCGGUAGCCAUAGCAACUGCUUCUGCUCAUUUACCGAAGUCCUGGGCGUGCAGGGCUGCUCCUGCGGAGCCGCUGAUGGCUUCUCGUACACUUGCAGCUCCACUUCCGUUGGCGGUGAUAAUGAUGACUCUGCCGUCCCACCCACAAGCCUCAUUAAGAGCACGCUCACGGCUGUGCUUGGCCAGGAGUGCGCCGCGCCCCUCGAUAGGGCCCUGACGAGCAGCUUCGUCAAGUGCGUGGUGGAGGACAACGCGGCCCUUGAUGCGCUCGAGAACGACGAGGACGCGAUCAUGAACCCCACCAAGCUCAGUAACAUCUGCAGCAACAAGUGCAUUGGCGAGAUGUUCAGGGCCGUCGACAUCCUCAACUCCACCGGUUGCGGCACCGUCCCGGAGAGUGCCAUCGCCAACGACCCCACCGGCAUCAUCGAAGGCUUCUUUGGAAUCAUGAUGCUGAAGGACUACAUGGGCGCUGUUGGCCUCGCCUGCACCCAGGGCAACGGCGUGUUCUGCGGCAGCCUCAUGCCCGUGUUUGACUUGCUCAUGACCGACCCUACCAACUUUGGUGCAGCACAGUGCCAGACGAUUGUUGGCGCCGGCAAGUGCCUCGGCAGCUACCGCGCCUUCCUCGAGGCUGAUCCCACGGGCCUGAGCGAUGAUGAUGAGCCCAUUGACCCCGACAUGGUUCUCUCCGCCCUGGAGAGCGUCUGCACUGCCGCUGGUGUCACUGGCAUCACGGAGGCCGCUGCUGGCACCGAGGCCCCGUCCUCCCUCGCCUCCAGCUCCGCCACCACCGUGUCUGGUGUCGUCGCUGCGGUCGCCGCCGCUGCUGUUGCCGCCAUCCUGGCCUAAGCAGCGCCACUGGAAAUGCACAUGUGCACACACCAUGGACAACCACGACCGAACUGACGCACAAGUCUCCUUGUUGCUCGCCCCCCUCUCGUGGUUGCCACUAUUGCUUUCUCUUUCCAUCUCCUCCUCUCUUCCACCUCUGCCCUUGGCUCGCCCUCGGCCAUCCCUUCAACACUUGAAACUUGUACACUCAACGCAUGUCGAUUUGUGUUGUGAGGCCUGGUGCAUGUGUUUGUUGUUUGUACUCAAUGCGGCGCUGUUGUGUUCCUUGGCCCCUUCACCCCCACGUCGAUGACGGUAUGGUGAUUGUGGUGCGGACAGAGCAAGCAGUACACGGGAACGGCCAAUCACCACGGUGAGCAGUCUACUGAAAAAGAAACGAACGAACGAAACAAG